CGACUCCAGCACCAGAGCUGACCGUUAGAGCAGAUAGCAGCUCGCGCUCAGGCUAACUCGCUCUCGGUUUGGAUUUUGGGAUGGAAACUCGUGCGGCUGCGCGGAGCGCUCGCGUCUCCAACACUCUUACCUUCAAGAGUGGUUUGUCUCUUUGGUUGGUGAUAUGGUUGUUGGCAUGCCGCUGUGCACCGGGUCAGGCAUGUCCCAGGUUGUGUGUAUGCUACCAUAUGCCCAUGACUGUGAGCUGUCAGUCUCAGAACUUCACUGCUGUUCCUGCCGGCGUGCCCUACGACUCCCAGCGCGUUUUCUUGCAGAACAACCGUAUCACUGAGCUCAGAGCUGACUCCUUUGGCUUCGAAACACAGGUCCUAUGGCUGUACUCCAACAACAUCACAUGGAUCGAAGCAGGUGCAUUCAGUAAUCUGCAUGUACUAGAGGAACUAGAUUUGAGUGACAAUCCAUCACUGCGCAGGCUGGAUGGGGGUGCGUUCAGGGGGCUGGAGCGCUUGCAGAGUCUACACAUGCACCGCUGCCACUUGACCGAGCUGCCCGCUGACCUCUUCCACAAGCUCUACAGCUUGCAAUUCCUCUACCUGCAGGAGAACCAGCUGAGCCACCUUCCAGAAGGCCUCUUUUCCGACCUGGUCAACCUCACCCACCUGUUCCUGCAUGGCAAUCGUAUCCGUGUCCUGUCUGAAAAUGCCUUCCGCGGCCUGGUGAAUCUUGACCGCCUGUUGCUGCAUGACAACCGCAUCCGACAAGUCCAUCGGCGAGCCUUCCGUGACCUGGGCAGAUUGACCAUCCUCUAUCUCUUCAACAACUCUCUGCAGGAGCUUCCAGGCCAGGUGUUGAAGGAUACGUCGUUGGUGCAGUUUCUCAGGCUCAAUGGUAACCCCUGGACCUGCGGCUGUGAAGCCAGGUCGCUAUGGGAGUGGUUCCGCAAAGCUCGGAUCUCCAGCUCAGACCUAACAUGCUCUUCACCAGCCCCUCGUAAAGGCCAGGACCUGAGGUUCCUGCGGGAGCUGGACUUUGCCCUCUGCCCGUUACCUGACCCAGGAUCCCUGGCUGGCACUACAACCACCACCUUCAGCACCAAGACCCGUUGGUGGUUCUCCAAGAACAAACCGGCCUCAUCAUCCAAGAGCCACUUUCACAAGAGCAGCGAGACCUUGAAGGCUUUUCCAUUCACCUCUGUCAAACAUCCCUCAUCUUCAUCAUCCAAGUACGAUCUCACAGUAGAGGAGGCUGCUUUACCCAAGCUAGAGCCUGAAGAGUACUGGGCAAACUAUGGCAAUGAGGAUGCAGCCUCAGUCCGCUGUUUCGAGCUUGAAUGUCCACCAGGUUACGACUCUCCCAUUCUCCCAUCUUCCUCUUCGCCUUCACUUCUGUCCUUCCUCUCACUCACAGCACUUACUCUCUCUUUUCACCUUCUCUUCAGCUGAGUUUUCCUUCUCCUCCUCUUCUUCUUCUGUUAUGCUCCACUACCUUUCUCCUGCAAUUGGGCUUAUGCUAAUAAAUGCAUAGAAGCAGCCAUGCAGGAAAGGGUGACAAGACUGGCACACAACAACAAAUUAAA